CUCUUGGGGGAGGAGCAUCAGUAUAAAACAGCCGCAUGUGGUGCAGAAGCGCAGAGCCAGUGCACCACAUGUCUCCAGCAUGAAGCUUAAUCUUCAGGCCGUCUGCCAGGUCGCCUUUCUGAGCCUCUGCUGUCUACUAACCGUAGGGACGCAGUACGUCCCGGGGAGAUGUUUGUGUCCACAAACGCAAUCGGGUGUCAGGGGGCAACUGAAAGAGCUCAGAGUUUUGCCACAAAGUGCAACCUGUGGCAAUGUUACAAUCAUAGUCACGCUGAAGAGUAACGAUUAUGAUGUCUGUUUGAAUCCAAAUGCACCGAUGGGCAAGCAACUGCUCCGCUGCUGGAAUAGAGCUCAGAAGUUGGGUCGUGAUGUGAAGGUGUGUCUAAAGCGGAGGAGACGGCGACGUGGUCAGCGCCAGAAGCAAAACCUGAGAGCACAGGGUCACAAACGGAGAGGUUUAUCCUCAAACCCCCAGUAGACAUGCAGACGGAUAAAGGGCAUUAAGUUGCAGUGAGGAACUCAGUGUGUACAGACUGAUUCUUGUUGAAAUUUUCAUUCAACAAAUACUGAAAUAAUUUCACGUAUUUCAAUAUUUUGCUCCCUUCAGUUUCUGUCUGAGCUGCAAAUCUUACUGCAUGCCAGCAGCAGAAGGGUUUAUUAUUAUUAUUAUUUAUCAAUGCAAAUGACGGAUUGUUUUCUAAACGCCCUGGAGGCUUGUCAUAAAUGGUGUCAGGUUUAAAGCAUUAACUGGUCAGUGUAUUAUGUGUAGCUCUGUUUAAACAGCUGGAAGACUUUGUUGGUUAUUUAUUUUUAUACAAAAAUGUAAAACUCUCAGAAUUUGCUUUGUGUAAAUAAAUAUAUCAGAACAAUA